AUGGUGCCUGAGGGAGUUGUGAACCGCGAGGAUGAACGGGUGCUGGGGAAGGAGUCAGAAGGCCAGGAGGCUCGGCUGCUGGAGCACGUGACGAAAACAACGCCAGCCAACGACCCGCAAGCCGUGAUCAACGCGAUCGACGCGUACGCGUGGUCCAGCAAUGACUUCUUCAUGAACGUUGGCGACGUGAAGGGCGAAAUCCUAGACGAUGGCGUCCGCCAGGCAAAUCCGUUCAGCGCAAUCGAGCUUGGCGGGUUCUGCGGGUACUCGGCGGUUCGAAUCGCACGUCUUUUUACCAAGCCGGGAGCUCGGCUGAUUUCUAUCGAGCCGAGCGAAGUUCGCUCGAACACCAUCCGCGGCAUGGUUGCUCACGCGGGCCUCAGCGACAAAGUUACCGUCGUUAUAGGCACGCUGCAAACCUCAACUGACGAGAUUCGGCAAGCUGCGAGCAAGAUUCCGUUCGAUUUUGUCUUCAUCGAUCACUGGAAGGAUCUAUAUGUCCCGGACCUCUUAUUCCUCAAGGAGCAUAAACUCAUCGGGCCUGGAACCGUCAUCGUGGCUGACAAUAUCCUCAUUCCGGGAUGUCCGGAGUAUCUGGAGUACAUGGAGAAGAGCACUGAAUUCGUGACGGAGAAGAGGGAGACUAUGAUAGAGUACUCGACCAAACACAAGGACCUGGUGCUCAUUUCGACCUACUCGCCAAAGGAUGAGUAG